AUGAGCCGCGCCGUGACGAAGGAGCAAUACGCCAGUCUGAGAGCGAUAAGGCGCACGCUGUUGGGCACAUGCUCCGGGGUCCCGCGGCAGGAAAUAUUGGAUGCUCAUUCCAUGGGCCUCAUCAACUUUCUGAGCAGUAAGGAGUCCAAAUUGCAGGCCCUUGUGAGGCAAAUGGAUAUUGGAGCCCACGAUUCCAUGCACUCUGUGAAGUCGCUGGUUGAGUUCAUGAGCUUCAUUGUGGGCGGUCUUACAGUCGAGGCAGAUAAGAUUGAGGAGGCGGUAUUAAAUACGAGGAGGGCUGUGGCAACCCUCACGCAUGAAAUUCAGCGCUGUGAAAUGGAACUGGAACACAAGCAGCAGUACGGCGGCACCAAUGUCACUCGAGCACUGGCCCAGUUCUACCGCACGAAGCUUGUAAUUUCUUCGAGCACAGCCAGCAGCAACCGGAAUGAGAAGGGGUGUACGCACGAGCUUGCUCGGACCAUCGCAGAGGACCGCGCUCGCCUGCAAGAAACCAAAAGAAACCUGCGAGUUCUCAUCAUGGUGCAACGAAUUCUGUGGGGAUCUGGUAUUGUGUCACAGGAGGAUGUUAAAUAUAUGCUUUGUGAAUUUGGCGUCGCGCUAACUAUUCGUCGGUUUAAUCACAAGUUGAGGGAUCUCAUGCUUCCACUGAGGCAGGAGGCACGAGACCCGCUUAAAUGCUUACUUUCUCUCGAGGGGUUUAUCGAAAAUGUUCAUAUUGGGCUUUCUGCGGCAUUAGAAGAUUUAGAUGACUGUCUUGUGUCAAUAAAGAAGUGCAUUUUGCUGCAACAGGAAGAAUUUAGGGUCCGUCGCACCAACGCAUUGCGUGAGAGACCCUCGGCGGAGGUAUCUUCAGUGUUUCACUCAUCGAGGCCCAACAGACGGGUGUUGCUGACAUCGGCAAAGGAGACCGAAGAACUCAGCAAACUGUAUUGUUCAUAG